AUGGCACUGAAAGUGAAGAAGGAAGCCCCUACCCCUCCCAAAACCAAAGCCACAGCAAAGGCUUUGAAAGCCAAGAAGGCAGUACCGAAAGGUGUCCACAGCCACAAGAAAAAGAAGAUCCACACUUCAACUACAUUCUGGCAGCCCAAGACGCUGCAUCUCAGAAGGCAGCCCAAAUAUCCUCGGAAGAGCACCCCCAGGAGAAACAAGCUUGACCGCUAUGCCAUCAUCAAUUUCCCCCUGACCACUGGGUCAGCCGUGAAGAAGACUGAAGACAACAGCACACUUGUGUUCAUUGUGGAUGUCAAGACCGACAAGCACCAGACCAAACAGGCUGUAAAGAAGCUCUGUGACAUUGAUGUGGCCAAGGUCAACACCCUGAUCAGGCCUGAUGGAGAGAAGAAGGCAUAUAAACCUUUAAUGCAGCUUCAAGGUGCAAGGUGCAAGGUGCAAGAAGGAAGACGUGCAGGGCCAGCGCUCAGCUGCAGCCAGCUCUGUGGAGGUCCUCGAGUUGGUGCUUCUGCUGUUGCUUGUGAGCCUUAUCUUGUCUGUAUGGUAUAA